GUCACGUCGAUAUGCCAAGCAGAAACAAAUCAAGCUCCCUGAGUUGAGAUUUAUGAUAACAGGGAGGAAAACUCUUACAUCAGCAGUCUCUGUUGUUCCUCACAGGCAGAAAGAUGUCACAAAGUGUCUGCGUACAUGCUAGUAACGUAGUGUAAAGAGAAGCUAGCUAGCUUGCUAGCUGAAUUUAGCAACUCAGUCUGACAGGCGACGACCAUAGCCUGUAGCUAGCUAACUGGUUACUUCCCCCUGAAUAAGACUAACCAAUCAUGACACAGAAAGUCAGUCUGUGUUCAGUCUCCCUUGGAGUGGAGGGUAUGACUUGUAGCUCCUGUGUCCAGUCCAUAGAGCAGCGCGUCGGGUCUCUCCCAGGAGUGAUAAAUAUAAAGGUGUCUUUAGAGCAGAAGAAUGCCACCAUCAUAUUUGACCAAAACCAACAGAGUCCAGAGUCUCUGUCAGAGGCCAUUGAGGACAUGGGCUUUGAAUCAAGUCUAUCAGAGUCCGUCACAGCCACACCAGUCUCAACAGAUACACAGCUGAUAUCCACCUCAGGCCUGACACCUGCAGCCCAAGAGGAGGCUUUGGAGAAGCUAUCCCAGAUUCAGGGAGUGCUGGAUGUCAGAGAGAGCCAGAUGGGUCUCAGUGUCACCUUUGUUCCUUCCCUGACUUCAGUGCUGCAGCUGAGCCAGUUGGUGGCCAGCGUAACGCCUCUGGAGAUCCCCACACCCAGCAGCCCUGUGCAAAAAGGCCCAACCUUGUCCCCAUCCCACAGCAGGGGAGGAGGGGUGGCACUCCUGAAGUUGUGCAUUGAAGGAAUGACAUGCCACUCCUGCACUACCACUAUUGAAGGGAAGAUUGGAAAACUGAAAGGGAUUGAAAAGAUCAAAGUUGUUUUAGAGUCUCAGGAAGCUACAAUCGUGUACCUGCCUCACCUCAUCACUGUCCAAACGAUCAUCGACCAGAUUGCUGUUGCCGGUUUCAAGGCUUUUGCCAAGUCCAAGCCCCGCCCUCUACAGCUGUCCCCCAGUGAAAUCGGACGUUUUGUUGAUUCUCAAAAACCAACAGUUUCUUCACCAUCAGAGACUUCAGAGGAGACGGAAAUCUUCAUAGACACAACACUUGUAACGCUCAGGGUGAAAGGCAUGCACUGCCGUUCCUGUGUCGUUAAUAUUCAGGACAAUAUCUCUAUGCUGCCUGGUGUCUCCACUGUGGAGGUCUCUCUGGAGAAGGAGAAGGCCUCCAUCUGCUAUGAUCCUCUAAAGGUCACAGUGCCUGAGCUGCAGCAGGCAAUUGAGGCGCUGCCUCCAGGAAACUUCAAAACUCAACCCUGGGACUCCUCUGGCCCUCUCAGUCCGGUAUCCAUCUCGCCCACACCUGCCUUGUCAGCACCUUGGUCUGCAGGAGCAACCCAGGCCAAAUAUGUUGCCUCACAGCCUUGUUUUACCCAGCCUCUUGCAUCUGUAGUUAAUAUUUGCAUUGAGGGCAUGACAUGCAACUCCUGUGUCCAGUCCAUUGAAGGCAUGAUCUCCCAAAGGAAGGGGGUGGUUUCAGCCAAGGUCUCCCUGGCUGAUCACCAGGGGGUCUUUGAGUACGAUCCCCUCCUGAGCUCACCAGAGGAGCUCAGGGAGGCCAUAGAGGACAUGGGCUUUGACGCCUUCCUACCUGAGACCAAUUCCCUGCUGCCUGCACUAGAUCCAAGUCUCUCAAAGUCUUCGAGUCUAGCACCUGUGAAAGAUAAGGAGUUUGACAGUGACCUCCACAAAGAAAUCUCCCAUGGACGCAACAGAGACAAGCACUCUACUAAAUGCUAUAUCCAGAUUGGAGGGAUGACCUGUGCUUCCUGUGUGGCAAACAUUGAACGAAACCUUAAGAAUGAAACUGGUAUCUACUCUGUUCUGGUGGCGCUAAUGGCCAGUAAAGCAGAGGUGCGCUAUAACCCUGAAGUCAUCGACCCUGUGAAGAUAGCUGAGUGUGUUAAAGAGCUGGGCUUCACCGCCUCUGUGAUGGAGAACUAUGAAGGUUCAGACGGAAACCUAGAACUAGUGGUCAGGGGAAUGACGUGUGCCUCUUGUGUUCACAAAAUCGAAUCCAGCCUUAUGAGAGAAAAGGGGAUUAUAUAUGCCUCUGUUGCCUUGGCAACCAACAAAGCACACGUUAAGUACGACUCAGAAAUUAUAGGGCCACGAGACAUCAUCAAGCUGAUCGAGAAUCUCGGGUUUGAAGCAUCUUUGGUAAAGAGGGACCGCACUGCCAGUCACCUGGACCACAGCAAAGAGAUACGACAGUGGAGGAAAUCUUUCCUGGUGAGCUUGAUUUUCUGUGUGCCUGUGAUGGGCAUGAUGCUUUACAUGAUUAUCAUGGACCACCAGAUGAAUGUUUCACAUCAACACAAUGCUACAGUGGAGGACCGCAACCAUUACCACUCCAACAUGUUCCUCGAGAGACAGCUACUCCCAGGCCUCUCCAUCAUGAACCUCCUCUCCUUCCUCUUUUGCGUGCCUGUACAGUUCAUUGGAGGUCGCUAUUUCUACAUUCAAGCCUACAAAGCAGUCAAACACCGAUCUGCCAACAUGGAUGUGCUAAUUGUUCUGGCUACCUCCAUAGCCUUCACCUACUCACUGGUCGUCCUAAUAGUGGCCAUGGCGGAGAAGGCUAAAGUCAACCCCAUCACCUUCUUCGACACACCACCUAUGCUCUUUGUCUUCAUCUCUCUGGGACGCUGGCUGGAACAGAUAGCCAAGAGCAAGACGUCAGAGGCUUUGUCCAAACUUAUGUCUCUACAAGCUACAGACGCCACAGUGGUCACUCUCAGCAGUGACAAGUCUAUUCUCAGUGAGGAGCAGGUGGAUGUGGAACUGGUGCAAAGGGGUGAUGUGGUGAAAGUCGUCCCCGGAGGGAAGUUUCCAGUAGAUGGGAGGGUCAUUGAGGGACAUUCCAUGGCCGACGAAUCUCUCAUCACAGGUGAAGCCAUGCCUGUGACCAAGAAGCCGGGGAGCUCUGUGAUUGCUGGCUCCAUUAACCAGAAUGGCUCUCUGCUUGUCAGUGCUACACAUGUUGGCAUGGACACAACGCUGUCUCAGAUUGUCAAACUAGUGGAGGAGGCUCAAACCUCAAAGGCUCCCAUCCAGCAGUAUGCAGAUAAGAUCAGUGGCUACUUUGUACCCUUCAUUGUUGGCAUAUCUGUUGUUACGCUGCUCGCCUGGAUCAUCAUUGGGUUUUUGGAUUUCUCACUAGUGGAGAAGUACUUUCCUGGUUAUGACAAGAGCAUUUCCAGAUCCGAGGUAGUGAUUCGCUUUGCCUUCCAGGCCUCCAUAACAGUGUUAUGCAUCGCCUGUCCCUGUUCCCUUGGCUUGGCAACCCCGACAGCUGUCAUGGUGGGCACAGGGGUUGGAGCCCAAAACGGUAUUCUGAUAAAGGGAGGAGAGCCACUCGAAAUGGCGCAUAAGGUCCAGUCAGUGGUGUUUGAUAAGACUGGGACCAUCACAUAUGGUGCUCCAAAGGUUAUCCAAGUCAAGAUAGUUGUGGAGGGGAACAAGAUGCCUCGCUCUCGACUCCUGGCCAUCGUGGGUACAGCUGAGAACAACAGCGAACACCCUCUGGGAGCAGCUAUCACCAAAUACUGCAAACAGGAGCUCAGCACAGAGUCUCUUGGCACGUGCACAGACUUUCAGGCGGUGCCAGGCUGUGGCAUCCGAUGUCAGGUCAGCAACACAGAGACCCUGCUGAAACAGGCGGACAGCGACAGUGAGGACAACAACCAGCGUAACAGUGUCCUUGUCCAGAUCAGCGACACCCGGAUAACCACCAGCUCCCAUCCACUCAUCAUGGACCCACAACCAUUGAGCCUCAUCCAGACAGCCACCUACGUCGUCCUGAUUGGCAACAGAGAGUGGAUGAGAAGAAAUUGCCUGCAGAUCAGGCCUGAUAUAGAUGAGGCUAUGAUGGAGCAUGAGCGCAGAGGACGCACUGCUGUUCUAGUAGCUGUAGACAACCUGCUGUGUGCAAUGAUAGCCAUAGCUGACACAGUGAAACCAGAGGCUGAACUUGCAGUGCACACUCUGACCAACAUGGGUCUGGAAGUUGUGCUGAUGACCGGAGACAACAGCAAGACAGCACGGGCCAUUGCUGCUCAGGUGGGUAUCAGGAAAGUGUUUGCUGAGGUGCUUCCCUCCCACAAGGUGGCCAAGGUGGAGCAGCUACAGCAGGCAGGCAAGAGAGUAGCCAUGGUGGGUGACGGUAUUAAUGACUCACCUGCUCUGGCCAUGGCUGAUGUGGGCAUUGCCAUAGGAACCGGGACAGAUGUGGCCAUAGAAGCAGCAGAUGUGGUGUUGAUCAGGAACGACCUCUUGGAUGUGGUUGGUAGUAUCGACCUUUCUAAGAAGACUGUCAAGAGGAUCAGGAUCAACUUUGUAUUUGCUCUUAUCUACAACCUGGUUGGCAUUCCUAUUGCUGCCGGCGUUUUCCUUCCCAUAGGUCUGGUGUUACAGCCAUGGAUGGGCUCUGCCGCAAUGGCACUGUCAUCUGUCUCUGUGGUUUUGUCCUCUCUUCUACUCAAAUGUUACACUAAGCCCAGUGCAGAGAAGUUGGAGGCUCGACUGGGUAACAGCAGGCGUCAGGGCAGCCUCUCUGAUGUCAGCAUCCACAUUGGCAUGGGUGAGAUGCGUCGUCCCUCCCCCAAACUCAGCCUGCUGGACCGCAUUGUCAACUACAGCCGUGCCUCGAUCAACUCCCUGCGCUCCGACAAGCACUCGCUCAACAGCUUGGUGCUCAGCGAGCCCGACAAACACUCCCUGCUGGUGGGGGAGGCGAUGUGUGAGGAGGAGUUUUGCUGAAUAUGUAAGGCUCACAUGGGCCAGCCAUGACUUUUGUAUGCUGAAGUAGACAGUAACUACAUUUAUUGAAGGCUAGGCCAUGGUAAGCUGAAAGGGUUACAUUGAAUAAUGGCCCAUCCAUCUGCUGUAGGUGCCUCAGGGCAGCACUAAGGACUUGAAGAGAGCUUAUAUUCCCCUUGUUUUCUUUUAGCUCAACCACCGGAUCGCAUGCUCUUCAGAGCUUGCUGAGGUGAUUUCCUCUCCUUCCGUAGCAGACUAUCUUUUGUUGAGGUAACUGCCCUCGGGCACGCUCUUUGAACAACCCUUUGACACUUUGAUCCUCUGAAACACUGCAGGGGCAUGAUGCAUCUUCAGAGCCUUUAAGCAGAUGUCCACAUCCAGGGAACAGAGUGAUGAUCAGCUGUGCCACUGUGGUCAUUUGCCAGUACAAUCUUUAACAUCUAUCCAAAGACAUUUUAACAGUGGUGCCCCUUGUACGAGUGGACACUACAGAGUUAUAUUUUAACUAAUUUUCCUUGAAUGGAAAAUUAUGAUAACACUGUUGUAUUAUUAUAUUCCAGAGUAUUUAUAUUACCCUUAUUUAUCUUUUUUUCCUUGAUAUCCUAUGUGAACAAUGAAAUUGUUGAAUCCAAAUGCCAAUUUUCAUUUUCAGUCUCCCAAAAUGUGUAAUUACUAAACCAGGUAAGACAAGCACUCAAUCUAAGAAGUCUUGUUACCUGAUGGAAACUCAUUGUUGUGCAAAACACCAGUUCAGUGAAAUGUAAAUGUAAGUUUGACCCAAGUGCCGAUUGAAAUGCCACCUUGGCAAAAUCCAACACAUUCCAAAGAUAGCACUGUAGAGGUUACCUUGGACAUAAUGUGCACAAAGUGUGAACAAAGAUAAGGUCAAUGAGUCAAAGCAGAGAAGAGGAAGGCCGACUGUGAAUAGUGACGUCAACUACAGAAGACUCUAGUCAUAAACUUCUGUAGUUGUGUCAGCCAUCUGAAGUUAAUUAUAUAAGAUGUCUGUCAGUGAAUGUGAACAUUAUUCAUUGUUAAAACUGUUAAAAACAGAAGUUGUUACAUGAAUGACAUUGUUUGUGUUUGAAGUACUUUAUUUGCUUGCUGCAAAAAGAAGGUUUGUGUUCUUUUUAACGUCACAGUUGGCAAGAUGGUGUUACUGUUUCUAAGAGUUUCGUUCAACGAUGUAACUUUGUUCAUUUUUCUUUUUCAUCUGAUGAUUAUAAUUCACGCUGAUGCGCUCGAUCAAAGAAACACCUUUUUGAACCCAGGGGAGCAGGAAACACAGCAGGGUCCGCAGACUAGACACAAGCUGUGUCUCAGCAGUUCCACCAAACAAGUUACUGACAAACAAAAAAUAAUUUCAUAAAAUCAAAUUGUACAAGUUGUUAAAUUGAAAUCACACCAAUUACAUCUUGCACUUGUAAACAGUGACUGUUCAGUUGACUAUGCUUUAGUUUUUCUCCUGUGAAGUGAUUACAAAUAUUUUUUGCAUUAAUAUCUCCUCUGUAUAAUCAGGAGAUAAUAAUCACUUUCCAGCUAUUCCUUGAAUUUUUGUGUCCAAACGUCUGUAGUGUUUCUUUCUGGUGGAGAAAAGAACCAUCAGAUUGUCCUGCCACUUUACAGCGAUGCAGUAUGUUCUGUAGCUGUUACACCUUCUGAAUGUUAUAUGCCAAUCUGACCUUUCUGUGUAUUGCUUUGUAAAGACGUCCAUAGGACUUCAGAUCUGUGUGCAGUUAAAUUAAUUGAGUCCACGCUUGCCAUCAUGCAUACUUCUUCUGAACAUCAUGUGCCUUGGAAUAAAACGCUUUUGUAACGUCACUCUGCCGUGCUCAGUUUAAACCAGAAGAUGGUGCUGUAGAGCCACGUGUUCAUAAAUAAACACCGGAUACAAGA